AUGAACAUGUCCGUCCCUUUCUCUCUCCUCUUCACCCUUAUCAUUCUCUUCCUUUCAGUACUGAUCUCCUCCACCUCCGCAAAAAAACCCGGCGAUGCAUCUCAAGAUCUCGUCCGCUCAUCAUGCGUACAUGCAAGUUACCCUAACAUUUGCCUCAGAUCCCUCUCCUCCUAUUCCGGCCCUGCUAACACCCCAGGAGAAGUAGCCCAAGCUGCUGUAAAAGUGAGCCUCUCUCGGGCCCGAAAGGCCUCGAACUACCUCGCAAAUCUACGAAGCCAAAGCAAGAGAGAACAAGGAGCUUUUCAUGACUGUGUGGAACAGAUGGGUGAUUCUGUGGAUGAGCUGAGCAAGACUUUGUCUGAGCUCAAGCACCUUCGCAGUGGGAGUUUCCGGUGGCAAAUGAGCAAUGCUGAGACGUGGGUGAGCGCGGCCUUGACCAACGAAGACACUUGCCUAGAUGGGUUCAAGGAGGUCACUGGCAAGGUCAGGUCUGAUGUCAAACGUAAGGUGACAAAUCUGGCUAGAGUUACCAGUAAUGCUCUCUAUCUUAUAAAUCGUCUUGAUCAGUCUCGUCAGAAGACUCCUUGA